CGGUGGCCCAAGUUGAGAGGACAGGCAAGGACCAAGCUGAGGGCGAAGCAGGAGGUCAAGUAGAGAAAAAGGCAGCCAAGGAGGCUACAGAGGGGAGCGUGCAGAGGUGGGAGAGGCAGGACAGAUGAGGCCAGGCAUCCGCAGGGCCUGAGCUCCAGGAGAGUCAGGCCUGAGCUGAGGCAGGGAGGGUGGAAUUUGGCCUCUGCCAGAGAGGCUUGUGAGCAGAGUGGAGGUUAGACUUCAGAAAGCAAGGAAAAAGAAAACAUGAGGCCAGCUGGUUCUCACCUAAGAAUGGACUUUGGGAUGCCUCUGUCAGUUCCCCUGGAUGUCUCUCUCCUCCCUCAGUGCCCUUUACUCCUCCCACCCACAGCUCCCCUGGGGACUAGGCCGCCCUGAACCUUGCUACUUCCUGCUCCUGGUGGCCAGUGCUCAGAGACUAUGGAGCUGUGGAUGCAGCUGAGGCAGGCUGGACUGGUGCCCCUGGGGCUGGGCCCACUGCCCCGGGCCCUCAGUGGGGACUCGCAAGUGGAGAGUCCUGGCCCAACCCUCAUGUCUCCAGGGGAAGACAGUGGAGGUGCCAGGGAGUUUCUGCUGUGGAUCUGGAAGGAGCUGGAGAACCUGCGCCGAGUAGAUGUCCAGCUGCUAGGCCAGCUGUGCAGUCUGGGGCUGGAGAUUGGGGCACUGCAGGAGGAGCUGGACACCAUCCUGGAGGAGGAGGAGAGCAGUGAGGAAGAGGAAGAGGAGAGUGGUGAAGAGGAGGAAGAUGAAGAGUCCCAGGGGAAGCUGGAGGAAGGACAGCAGAGGGCCUCCUGCCCAGCUCCACGCCUCCCUGACUUUGAGAUGACUAUUUGAGGCUCUGCCAGGGCCCCUUAUCCUGACACCUGAGUGAGAGGCUGAUUCAUGUAAAGGGGAGGGACGGCUUGCAGGUCAGAUGAGCUGUGGCACCAGCGCGUGCUGCGUGAGCAGGGCUUUCUCUGAAGGCGUCUGCAGUGAGGUUUGGGCAUCGGCCUGGGCGCUGUGGGCAGAUGUGAGGCUGUGUGUGCGGAUGACGGGGGAGGCUUCAGACGCUGCGGGUGAGCGUGGGGAGCGAUGGAGAUGCUGGCAGAUGAGGGCUUAGAUCAAGGCUGAGUGCGGCAGCCACUGGCUACUGAGGACUUGAAACAUGGUGAGUCCAAACUGAGAUGUGCUGUGAGUGUAAAAUACACACCGAAUUUCAAAGGCUCACAUGAUAUAAAAGAAUUUAAAACAUCUCAAUAAUUGAAAAAAUUAAUUACGUGUUGACAUGAUAAUGCUUUCAGUAUGUUGGGGUAAAAAUUACUAAAAUGAAUUUCAGCUGUUUGUUAGUAUUAUUAUUUUUUAGAGAGAUUUUUGCUAUAGGGCACAUACACUCACCAAAG